ACUACUGAGCGCCUGAGGAGGUGGCAGGGAGAACCCACCCCUCUAAACGCGUUCAGGGCACAAACGUCGACACGGGCUCAGUCGGUCUUGUGUUCAGGCUGCCUUUUUGAAGAUGACCUUUGCAAAUCUUUUGAAGUCUGUGUAAAUGAUGGAAUAUUUGGGAGAUGUCAGCGAGUGCCAGUAAUAGACAUAUAUAAAUAUGACAUUUCACCCCCCGUUCUUCAGCGCUUAAGGAUCAUCCUAGAGAAGCUCUCUCACAGAGGUUUUACCUGGCAGGAUGACUAUACGCAGCAUGUUAUUGGUCAGGAGCUCUCAACCAUUCAUAAAAUCCACAACAGACGCCCUGAUAUAUUUCCCUCUGAAAGGUCUGACACAGUAAGGACUUCAGAACAGAAUGCAGAUAAUGAAGGAAAUUAUAAUCUGGAAAAGGAUACAAACUUGGCCAAGUCUCUUCAGCAAUAUCUGACAUAUCUAGGUAUUCUCUCCCAGUCUGCAGCUACAAACCUGUAUCCAAGGAAGAAGAAUGACAAAGGUUCUGUCAAGAGCUACAUCUACAAUGAUCCCAUUAGGUACUACAUGAGGCAAAAGCCCAAAGAAAGUGCACCUGCUUUGGCCCACGCAUCUACAUCCCAUCAAGAGCCUAAUGAAAAUCUCCAUGGAAGGCUCUUCAGCCAGCCGCCGCUGGACAAACUUCUGCCAGAGUCAGACAUGGGGGUUGACCAAAAAACUCUGAUAGCCGCGCUACACACAUACAUCACGCAGAACUUGUCAGCACAAAGCAACGAUAAAAGCCCUCCUAGCAGGACUAAAGGGUCUUACGUUUAUGCUGACAUGUUCUACCCUCCUCAAGUCAGUCAUUUUGAUGGAACUUUUACCAAAGGAAAAGCAGAAGAUUUUGAAAUGGAGAAACUGUUGCAGCCGAAAUCUGUACCUGGAGUGCUGGUGCCAAGUUUGGAGAUUCUGAAUCAGAAAUCUUCUUCCCAGGACAAACCAAAGGACCCUCUGAGUGCAGUGGAUGAAACACUUAUUAAGGAUGUACUGAAGGACCUGGAGAAACAUCGGGUGAAUGUGGAGAACCUGAGCUCAUUGGAACUGGAUGAGAUUGCUGAUACGAUUGCUGAUGCAAUUCAAGCUGUUGACAUACAAGAAGAAAGGGAAGAGGGUGUUGGGAAAACUAGAGAAGACAAAACAGAAGGAGAAAUGAAGAAAGGAGAUGCACAAGGAAGGGCACGGGUUCAAACUGGGUUAAUGGAGAACAGUGUUAACAUAGCAGAUAAUGGAGUACGUGAAGCCAGUGCCAGGACUGAUAAAGAGGAGAACACUGCAAAACUAGUUAACUUCUUGAAAGAGAAUGCAUUACCUGAAAAUAUGCCUAAAGAACUUACACCUGAAGAAUCUACUAAGACCGAAACCAAGAAAUCUGAAGAUACUGACUCUCCCUCUUCUUCCUCAGAAGAAAUAAAUGCUGGUGUGGAAAACGUAAAAAGUGAGACAUUCUCAAGGGAACUGCCAGCUGCAAAGAACACUGAAUCUGACUCCAAAGACCUGAGUGAGACACACUACUGGAUUCAGAAUGCUUUGAUGAAGGAUGAAAAUCCUUAUGAAGAGCCUCAGAAAAAGAUGGGACAUGACUUACAACUUGAAGUGAAGACAUCUGAGGAGAAAGACUAUGGCUAUAUUGUGACGGCAAAAGACCCCCUGAGUGUGGAAAAGGGGUUGGAGUUAAUAAAGGAAGUGGCAGAUCUCCUGAAGCUGCAGAUGAGCGCCUUCGAUGAUGUCAACAUGCUGGGACCAGCUGUGACCUUCAGAGUGCACUCAAACCUUCAAAACAUUUCAACUGCAGACGUUGCCAAAGCAGCAGCUAUAAACAAAGAGAAGCUUGAAAAAACAACUGGACUGAAAAUUCUGCAAACUGGCAUGGGGGAGGAGCUAUGCCGUCAGCGUAUGGCAGUAAAAACAUCUGACCGCCCGGAGCCCCUGCAUGCUUCUCGAAUAAAUAGUGUUUCUUCACAAUUUAGUGAUGGGCCGAUUCCCAGCCCCUCGGCUCGGAGCAGCACAUCAUCCUGGUGUGAAGAACCGGUUCAGUCCAACAUGGACAUCUCCACCGGUCACAUGAUCUUGUCCUACAUGGAAGAUCAUCUGAAAAAUAAGAAUCGUCUGGAGAAAGAGUGGGAAGCUCUUUGUGCUUACCAGGCUGAACCCAAUGCCACCACCGUUGCACAGCGAGAGGAAAACAUCCAGAAGAAUCGCUCACAGGCUGUAGUACCAUAUGAUCAUUCCAGGAUAUGUUUGAAAGCUGAAAAUAGCCACGACAACUCAGACUACAUCAAUGCUAGCCCAAUUAUGGACCAUGACCCCCGAAACCCUGCGUAUAUUGCCACCCAGGGCCCUGUCCCUGCUACUGGCGCUGACUUCUGGCAGAUGGUCUGGGAGAACGGCUGUGUCGUUAUUGUCAUGCUGACACCCCUUACGGAAAAUGGCAUCAAACAGUGCUACCACUACUGGCCAGACGAAGGGUCAAAUCUCUACCACAUCUACGAGGUGAACCUUGUCUCUGAACACAUCUGGUGUGAGGACUUCCUAGUGAGGAGCUUCUACCUGAAAAACCUGCAGACCAACGAGACGCGGACAGUGACGCAGUUCCAUUUCCUUAGCUGGAAUGAUCAGAAAGUUCCUGCUUCCACAAGAUCACUUCUGGAUUUUCGCAGAAAAGUAAACAAGUGCUACAGGGGUCGCUCUUGUCCAGUAGUUGUUCACUGCAGUGACGGUGCAGGAAGAAGUGGGACCUACAUUCUGAUUGACAUGGUUCUCAAUAAAAUGGCCAAAGGUGCUAAAGAGAUUGAUAUUGCUGCUACCCUGGAGCACUUGAGGGACCAGAGACCAGGCAUGGUCCAGACAAAGGAGCAGUUUGAGUUUGCUUUGACAGCAGUUGCAGAGGAAGUGAAUGCAAUACUCAAGGCACUUCCACAGUGACCGGCUCAGGCUCCUAAAGGCUCCCUGAGGAUCCAGCCCUCAUUUCCUUAUCCUCAGUCCCUGUGAAUGUUCUUGGAAACCGUGACCUGACCUUAACUGUGUAUCUUCUGUUGUAACCACAUAGUGAUAGGGUCCUUACAAACUUCUUUAGCUGGUAAAAAGUUCAACAGUUAAAAUGUGUAUUCUGUCCUGGGGGUGUUUAAAUAAAUUUUACAAAGUACAUUGAAGCCUCGGAUUAAGCGACAGAACAGUCCAUCCAAUUUCUUUCACAUCCUCGAAGCCCUGAAUGUCACACUUGGAAAGCACACAUUCAUAUUCUUAAUAGCAAAUAUACAGUCUUGUGGGUAAUUAGUGCAGUCAAUAUCGUCUCAGAAAACAGUGCUCUGUUAUAUUUUGUAACUUCUCAAAGGCUGAAUGAGAGCGAGGGGCCUGAAGGGAUCGUGAUCGCUCCGAGACAAUGCCGAGCGGGAGCCUGAACCGAUGCCGAGGGGGGCGGUAAACCCAGGUCCAGGCUCCGGCAAAGAGCGCUUGCACCUUUUCAUGCUGGGCUUCGGCGAGCAAAUGUUUUCUUAACUGUUGUUUACUUUUCAGCUUUGUGCCAAGAAUGGAAGAAAAUCUCAGCUAUAAAUAAAUAGGCCUGCGCGGUUGUUGCAACUGGGGAGAACGGGUUGGUCAUAUUAAGGGGAACCCGGGGGAUAAUGAGCACAAGAAGUCUUCCCGGACACCUACCACUGACACUGCAGAAAAGGAGAGAGUAGGCUAAGCCGAAGUCACGAAUAAAGGCCCUGUCAGCAGUCAGGUAACUGGUUGGAGCUGUUACGGAAACAGAUUGUUGAUUUGAUGGGAUUACUGAGGAAGAAAAUGGAACUCUCCUCUUUAUAUUUUUGCCUUUCCCUCUGUAAAAACUGUGCCAUGCCAUCCUUUUUUGGACCGGGAAGUGUAUUUCUGUAAAUGCCUGGCUGAAGGAAAAAUCUCCAGUCUGCAUUUUAUGAUUCGCGUGGAGUUUGUCUGAUCCAGAUAUUUGUUGCAUCUUUCUGCAGAGGCUCUGUUCUUGCCUUCUUCUGAAUGACUCGUUUUAACUAAUUAUUAAGGGAUAAAGAAGCACACGGGUUCAAUCGCAGAGCUUCUUGUGUUCUAAAAAGCCUAAUGCCCACUGUUGCAAAGUAAUGCUAAAAUAUGUAUGCAGAGGGUUUGGUUAUGCAGUUUUGCUCACGUGAAUCCAGAGUUUUCGUUGUAGUGCUCUUCUAGAGGAAUGGAAACUUCUGACAGAAAGUACUCUGGUUUGUUCGAAUGAAGGGCCCACGGCUAAAAUUAUCAAAUGCGCUUACAUGACCUAAGCUUGUAAUUUUAUUUUCAAAAGUGAAAUUGAAUUAGGUCUAAGCUACUAAAUGUCUCCUUUCCUCUUGAAAAUGGGAUAUGAGCACUUUUUCAUAUGUUAUCCAACAUCUCUGUGAUUCAAGGUUUCUGGAUGGUUUUUUUUUUUCAAAAUCUUAAUGGUGGUGUAUGCUUGAAACCAUGCCAGGUUAAUUAUUUGACUUCAGCGUUGAAAACCAUAUAAUUGAUUUUAAUUUGGGAGGGGAAGCUUUUAUAAACUUCUAUUCAGUGAAAUGUUAAAAAUACAAUAUUGCAGAGUUUUGCUGGACCAGAGCUAACAGGCACCUAUGGAAAUCAACCAUGUUGCAGUUUUGUGUUGUAGGCGUGGAUAUUGGUGAUUUUUUCUUUUUAGCAAUUAAAGAGUUAUUUAAAAUAAAAGCAGAAGACUUGUUACUUUUCUCAUACAUCUUUGUAUGCUUUACUCGGUAUGCACUGUUGCUUAAUUUGUGCAUAUUAUUACCAUGGCAGCACAGAGCAGUUACUGCAGAUGCCAUCAUCCUCUUAAGUACACAUACUGUACAUUAAGCCACAUGUUUAUUUUAUGGCCUAAGCAUUUUAGAGCUUUCCUAGCAAUAACUAAAAAAACUAAUGGAGUAUGAAUGAGAAAAUUGCCUUUUUCAUUUGAUAAUUUAGGUUUAACAGGAUUCUUUUAUUACCUUAGCUAAAACAAAAUUGCAGAUCAGGACAGAUGAGAUCAGUCUGAGCAGCAUCAGCAAGCGUUUGAAGUGGAUUUAAUGUCAGCCGUAUACUGCAGCUUUCUGAAAAUGCAGGUAGCUAUAUCCAAAUAAACUGGCCAAGGAAUCAAAAUCAGAACAUCCUGAGCCUUCCUGUUAUCAGGUAGAACUGCUUCACAGGGCCAGUUGCUGUGCCGUUACCGGCUGCCACAGGAACAAGGAGGUUUUAGCACAGGUUCUUGCCCCGUCAUUCAUGAGUGUUUUGCCUUCCGACUGUCCCUGGGCAUACAAGAAACAUGGCUGAUGAGCCUUUCGUUUGCACUUCAGGAAUGUUUUUUUAAUUGUUCUUUUGCAAAUAUUUACGUUUCAUAAUAGCAAUUUCAGGGCGAUCCCUUUUAAUUCACAGGCAGCUGAGUGUGAGACUAAAAUAUUGGUCUUCGUGCUUAGGAGUUUAUUUAGCGUAGAUUAGAGGGCAUUAAUCUCCCGCCAGGCUAAUGGGGCAGGGACGUGUUAUUUUAUUCAUACUUGUGGAGUGGUUUGAGCAACGCAAGGAAGCUCCAGCGGGUUGGACUCGCGCGCGCGCUGCCCGGCAUUCGCAGGCCUGCUGGUUUCAGCCAUGUGGUGUGCGGUUCUUCCACAACGAGGUGCCAGGCCUUUUCUGUCGACUGUAGGCCAUCCCGCUGCAUAUUUCAUCCGGGCGAUGCCCUGUUUCCGGGGGGGGAUAAUUUGACGCAGGCAUUUGCCUGCUAGGGAAAUGCACAGUUCAGCUGCAUCAGGACAAGCCAUUUCCCGGGGAGAUGCCAAACCACGGAAAUACAAACCUGGCAAAGCCACGGUGUGAAGGAGACGAGUUCUCAGCCAGGGCAGGUAUUUCAUUACCCUUUCCACUGUUAACUUAAUCCUUGCAAUUUGGCAAGGGGUGGUGGUCUUGCUGCCCCGGGCCUCGUACCCAGGCCCUGGUACCUGCCCCAUAUUCACUGGCAUUUUGAGUUGAGGAAAGGGUCUUCCAGGAAACCAGGAUCCAGUGAGACACAUAGUCCUUGCUUUUCCAGUGAUGUUCUGCAUGAUCGUCAGUAAGCCGAUUGCCAGAGAAAGGUGGGCUGGUGCCUGACUCGUAGCCAUAAGCAGCGUGUUUAACAUUGACCGUUCUUGUGUUCCUGAUAGAGACAAACUGAAUCUAGAGGUGGUGUUUGUGCAUUUGAAUCUGUCAAUGACAUUCAAGGGGGGAGCUGCGGGCGGGAGCUUGAGCCCCGCUGCUGCCGGCGCUCCCUUCCUCACCGUGCAAAACCCGCGGCCGGGGUAGAGAAGGGGUUGUCGUCGGCGUUGCAGUUUGCAGGAGUAACAGCACGGCCGCCCUGCCCGGCCUUCGGCCUUCCCGGGACGCUGGCCGGGAUUUGGAAGGAGGGAGGGGCAGGACAGCGCAGGUCCCGAGUGCCCAAAUCUUUGGGGUUCAGCCCCAGCUGCACGAAGAGCAGCGCGGGUUUUGCUGUUGACUCACCUAUUCCAGGCACCAGCUCUAACGUUGCUCCUGAACAUCAUCUGGUAACACCCAGUGCGAGUCCUUGGCACUAGUGAGGGCCCAGGAAUGAAUUUUAGCUGAAAAUCCCAUAUGCAAAUCUCAAUUUGGUAGCAAAGCAAGUAGGAUUUUUUUUUUAAAUAGAUGCUACUGAAAUUUAAAAAAAUUUUAAACAUUUUAAAAUGUUUAACCAACACCAACAACUAAACCUUCUUCGUCUCUCUAGCGUGCAUGGAGAACCAGUGUCAGUGCAUCCCCAGGGAAAUGACAGCUAUAAUACCGCUAAGGAGCUCAUGCUUUAUUAAUCAAGUGGAACAUUAAUACAGCCCAACCCACUUCAUAAUUUCCAGAAUCGGUAUUAAUUAAAAAAGUGUUUAUUGGAAUAGAAAACAAGCAUUUGAUUAGCUUUGUUACAGAACAAUAGCUCUCCUAAUUUCUAUUCUGCAUAUUUUAUUCUUUGGUUAGAAAGCCCUCAAGAAGCAGUUGUGAUAAUUCACUUUUUAAAACUGUACAGUUUCUAUGGUUUUUGCUUUUUAAAUGAGAGUACACUUUGUAGAUUUGAUUAUUAUAUUUUUCUGUUAAGAUUGCAUUGGGCAUUACAAAAGCAUUCCCCACCACAGUGAGAAGAAAGCUACCCUGUUGGCUUAUUGUUAAAAAAAAAAAAAUUAAAACACAAUUGCAGAGCUGUGGCAUACUCAAUCCAAUUAGAGCAUGACUCUUUACUACUCUUCAUUUACCACAUUAGAAACAAGAUUAAGGUACACCAGCAAGAUUUCAUUUGAAGCUAUUCUUGCAUGCUCUUUGUACUGUAUUGGAUGGCAUAAUAUUGUUUUGUUUGCAUUUUCUUUCUUGUCAUCCUAUUAUAUUCUUUAUAUGUAUAUAGUUAACAAAAAAAGAUCAUACAAACUAUUUUGUUCUACCUCUGUAAAAAUCAUAUUUGUGAAUAAAGUCACCUCGUCCGUGGCAUAUGGUACUGUGAA